CUCUCAUUAUAAACCAGAUCACGCGGGAAAGGAUAUUUUUAAUAUUAAAUGUUUAUGAACAUAUGAACAAUGGGAAACGAAACGAGUCAGAAUGUUUCUUAUACAGAAUCUUCACCCAAUAGCAUAAACAUUACAUGGAAAAAUGCUGAAAAUACCAACGCAUUUCCUGCUAGAGAGGGACAAUGUUGUUGUGGUCAUGAAAAAACCCUAUUUGUGUUUGGUGGUGUUUUACAUUUACAAUCAGAAAUUGAACCACACGAAUCUAAUGAUCUACUUGCACUUGAUACAGGUUCAAUGAAAUGGGAGAAAAUUGAAGUAAGAGGAACUGUACCAUCACCAAGGGCCACUGCAAGUCUGGUUGCUGUUGGAAAAAAGUUGUAUUUGUUUGGUGGUCUCAGUCACAUGUCAGGCUGGUUUGAUGUUAUGCAUGAGUAUGAUAUUGAAAAUAAAACUUGGUCAGAAAUACAAACCACAGGUACACCUCCAGCACAGAGAGACAAAGUAGGAGGUGUUGCUAUAGGAACCAACAUAUAUUAUUUUGGUGGAUUUGGACCAAAGUCAGCUGAGGCAGAUUUAGAUAUAUAUGAUUCAGAGGAAGAGGGAGAAGAUGAAUUGCCAGAUGGAAGUGCUUCUUUUGGAUGGUUUAAUGACUUGUUUGUGUUUGAUACAGUAAAUAAGAAAUGGUCUCAACCUAUACAGAAAAACCUUGGAGUUCCUACACCUAGAGCAGCGCAUGGUGUGUGUGCUGUAGGUACAGAUCUAGUCAUAUUUGGUGGAAGAGAUACACAAUGUAGACGAAAUGAUUUACAUAUAUUUAGUACUGAUACAUGGAAAUGGAAGGACUGUAAAGUUAAAGGAAGACAACCAGAGCCACGUUCCUUCCAUUCUACGACUGCUAUUGGUAAUAGAGUAGUAGUAAUGGGAGGCAGAGGUGAACAAAAUCAACACUUUGCUGAUCUACAUAUAUUUGACACAGAAACAAUGGAGUGGUUACAACCAAAAGCUACUGGAGAUUUACCAAAAGGACGUGGACAACAUUCUGCAGGUGUUGUAGAUGACAAGCUGGUCUUGUUUGGAGGAACAACAGAUUUUAAUUCAGAAAUUAUGCAGUGCCAAACUUUCUAUAAUGAUACAUAUGUUGCAAACAUAGAUGAAUUCAUGAAAGGUGAAUGCACGAAAUCAACUAAUGGACAUGCAGAAUCAUCAUCAUAGCAAAAGAGAUUUUAUCCAUUAUUUAAUUUUUAUAUUUUUGUUAUACUAUUUCCCUGCAAUAUUAAAAUGAUCUGAAUACCUUUCAA